AAAAUACGCGAAAAGCAAUAACAAAAGGUGAUUGAUAUCAAUUAAUUUGUUAAUUAAUUUCUAUAAAACCAAAGCGAAAUAAUUAUUGCAAGUAUCGCUGUUGUUUUGUCUUUUAUUUUAUUAGAUUUUGAAGAUUUUCAACUAGUUUUGCCUGCAUACCUCUUCGUGUCAUCUGAAGACCGCCAUGGAAGACGACGAUCAAAAUUACAGUGAAUCAGAAAACUUUGAUUCGGACGUCAGUGAAAUUGACGGACCUUUUCCAAGUGCGGUACGAAUUUUCAGCCUCUUUCGCGAAGCACUUCCACCGAACCAUGACGACAACUCUACCGACGGAGAAAGUACUGACUCUGAUGAACAAUUAAUGGAACCUUCUGCGUUUCCCGAUGAUAACACAAGAACUUUGCCAUGUGAACAUAAAUACCUCGGAGAAUUAGAGCAGAUAAGAGGAAGGAUAAUAAUGGAUGAUGAUUCUAUACAGAAGAUCCCUCUUUUAAUACCUUCGAAUCCUGUGAUGUUAGUACCUGGACAGACAGUGCCCUUGAUUGAGAAUCAAGAAAGUGGUAUUAAUGUUUUGAAAUACGCAGUCGAAAGUGAUCACAUAUUCGGAAUAAUCUCUUCGGCUUUCUGGGACCCUAAUAAAAAAGUAAGCAAUGCAGUUGGCACCACCGCUGAAAUUUACGAGUAUGCUCAAACGGAAAAUGGGUUCAUUAUUAAAGCCAAGGGAAGGCAACGUUUCAAAAUAUUGAAAGUUACUUCGGAAUUGAUGAACGAUAGUUACAUCAGAUUUGCUUUCAUAAAAAUUCAACCGGAAGUUCGCUUGAAUUCUGUGCUAGAUGGUGUACAACUACCAUCCUUGAAUAAAUUUCGUACUAGUCAACGUUUCAAGUGUAUGAGGAGAGAAUCAUGUCAAACAAGGUGGCCGGCGUGGACAUAUCGUAAUUACGAUGAAAAAUACUUGGUGGAUAGAGUAAAGAAGAAAGUCGCCGAACAUUGUAAAUUUAAAAAUUUAGUUUUACCUGACGACCCUACCUCGUUAUCGUUUCAAUUAUUGAAAAUAGUCCCAAUUCCGCAAAAAAUGGUUUUAGAAGCAUUGCAGUUGAACUCUCCCAUCCAGCGUUUACGUUGGCUGCUCUUCAUUUUAGAUUCUCAGACGAGCAAGCUCUUAUGCGUUACUUGUAAAACGAGUGUAGGAUAUCACUCUGAUAUAUUCUCAAUGAGUGCUGAAGGACCUCAUGGAACUUAUGUGAAUUCUUUCGGUUACGUUCACGAGUUGAUCACUUUGAAAAAAGUUAAAAACACGUAUGCGCAAGGCCCACCAGAAACACAAUACAGCUGGUUUCCAGGAUAUGCUUGGUCGAUUCUCUCUUGCAAAUCGUGCCAGUAUCAUUUAGGAUGGAAAUUUACCGCUUGCAGCGAUAAUUUAACUCCUUCAGAAUUUUGGGGAAUUAAAAAUAGUUCGGUUACAGUAAAAAAUGACAAAAACAUGGAAACGUCGGCCCCAACGCGAACUUUUCGUUAUCGUUUCCGUGGUCCGAGAUUUCAUUAGGGUAGUUGUAAAAACUUAAUUUUUUAUCUUCGUUUUACAAUUUUUUAUUUACAUCGUUCAAGUUUGAGGACGAUUCUCGAACUUUAAAUCGAAUAUAGCCAAUCUCUACUUCUAAAUGUAAUAUUUUAUUUUUUCGCGAUAAAAUUUUUUGAUUAGCUUCCGCUUUACUGUUUGUAUGUACCUACUCAACGGUGCAAUAUGGCGUUUGUUUGAUAGAUUGUUUUAUACCAAAGUUUUGAAAUACUUGUUUGAAAAAUCAUCGGCACUCGUACUUACACAUGAAAUGUUGGCCAUUUUGAUGAUGUCGUGCAAGAUAAUUUCCUACAAGUUUGGUAUCGAACUAUCGAUCUAUCUUGAAUGAAGUUGUUCUGAAAUUAUAACCAACAUGAUUAUAAGGCAAAAGGUUAUUUUAUUGAUAUGUUGAUUGAAAAAUAUCAAUUACGAAGUGUUGAUGUAUUAUUUUGUAAAAGUUUACAAUAAACGUAUUGUUUUUCGCUCA